CUUAACCUGUCGGUCAGAUGAUCAGAUGGUCGGUGCUGAUCGCGUCUACAGAACGUUUAUUCCCGUCAAGUUUUUCAGCAAGGGAUGGGGUCGUGUAGAGACUUUAGAAAGGAUAUUGAGAGUACAAGCUGACACGCUGAGACAUUCGACAGAUUUUAUGAAACGCAUUAAUGUGGAAUAUGAAGUGAAAAUAGAUAAGAGUCACAAAGGUGAGAACAUUGAAAUAUUGGACGGGCAUUUUGUGUCUCCGCUUGCUGUGAGGGAACCUGGUUUACUGCCAAAAGAAAGCGAAAACGCAAAAUUUCAGGUUGUCCUUCCAAAGUCGUGGAAGUCGAAUCGUCGCUCAAUCUGUCUGCAUCUUGCUGGCACUGGAGAUCAUUAUUUUUGGAGAAGAAGGAAUUUGAUGGCUAAACCUCUAGCCAGAGAGAAGGGAAUUGCCUCUAUUUUACUGGAGAACCCUUACUAUGGAUCACGCAAGCCACAGAAUCAACUACGUUCCAGCCUUCAUCAUGUCUCUGAUAUCUUCGUCAUGGGUGCAGCAUUGGUUGCAGAGUCAGCAGUCCUUUUCAACUGGUGUAACCAGCAAGGCUUCGAAUUGCUGGGAAUCACAGGCGUAUCGAUGGGUGGACAUAUGGCGUCUGUUGCGUCGUGUUUUUGGCCGAAAGCAAUAGCUGUUGUUCCUUGUUUGUCAUGGAGUACGGCAUCGUGUGUGUUUACGGAGGGUGUCUUUCGUGAUGCUUGUGCAUGGCCCGUACUUCAAGAGCAGCUUCACGUCUUUGAGGACGGCUCACUGAUGAAGCAGCUUUGUAAGCACAGCAUUCACAACAACCCGGAUCGUCUCAUAGAAAGUGCAGUGAACAAGCAUGAUUCUCGAUCUCUUCCUGCAAUGAUUUCUCACGAUAGAAAGAUAAAGCACAGAUGGAGAGUCCCGCCACUCGCUCUCUCUACCAUGCAGAACGUCAUGGACACGUACACUCAUUUGUCUAAUUUUCCACGCCCACAUCCGGGUUCUUCUGUUAUUUGCGUUGUGGCAAAGGAGGACAGAUAUAUACCUAGAGAUCACGUGACUCCAUUGACAGAUAUUUGGCCUGACUGUGAGGUAAGAUACACACCCGGUGGUCACGUGACUGGAUACUUAUUUCGCCAACAAACAUUCAGGACUGCCAUAUCAGAUGCAUUCGAUCGUUUAGCUUUGCGUGUUUGACAAUAUUUUUGCUAUCAGUUUAUGUUUGUAACGCUGAAAUGUAACAAUGACCUUCAUGCUUA